AUGCCAUCAACGCAAGAUGAAUGGCUUGAAGUAGCGGAUGAAUAUAAAACCAAAUGGAACUAUCCAAACUGUGUUGGAGCCAUUGAUGGGAAACACAUAGCCAUCAGACAGCCCCCUCACUCUGGCUCAGAAUACUUUAACUACAAGCAUUUUUUUAGUGUUCUAAUGCUAGCUCUUGUGGAUGCUAACUACAAGUUCCUAUAUGUCAAUGUUGGUGCUCCUGGCCGGGCUGGGGAUGCAGGAGUGUUUUCAGAAUGCUCCCUAAAGAAAGAACUGAUUACAGCUCACUUAUGCUGGCCUCUCUGAGAGUACGACGUUUAAAAUCAAGAGACCGAACAUCGUACAAACAAGGAUAAUCCGGCCAGAGUUCAACCAAUUUCUCUUYUUGUUGUAGUUSUACCACUGGCGCCGCCAUGUUUGUUUUGAUUUUGAGGUCAUCACGUGACAAAACGGGCGCUUAUGAUUGGCUGUGGGGAAAAAUCAGGCGAGCAAAACGUUCACGUCCUCCGUAAACUUUGCAAUUUUCGUCAUGCGAGUUCAAAAUUUUCAAGCAAGAGAGAAAAUUGACUCAGCGCCUCGCGAGAAGUUAAAACAUUCGAAAUCUACCCGCAAACGGUGAGUUUUCUGCCUCGCRUGCCAGUGAGAAAAUUGCUCGCGAGGCAAAUUGCUCACCGUGUGCGGCGGYCUUUGCCAUAAAGUUUCUUAGGAAAAUCAUAAUUACUUGGCUGAUUGGGAUUUUGGAGUGAAUUUGCUGUGUUACGAAUAUCCUGAUCCGGCAAAACCGUAGAUUCGGUAGAGUCUUGUGAUAACGUCAAUGGCUGUUCCUCUGUUUUAUCUUGCAAUUCCGGUUGUCUUGUCACUUUUUGGAAAUACUUAUUSAUAGUAUUUUUUUUAUUUGACAUUUCAUAUGUUUCCUCCUUUUUCUACUGGAUGAUAUUAGAGAAAAUUUUGUUCMCUUGUCGCUCAAUACAGCAAAUGUCUAUAAUCGUCAACUUCAACGAUCCUCGCAAAAGCAGUACKGUCAACCCUUUGAAUGGCAUGUAUAUCUUCAACACUCAACUUGUGGCCAGUGCUAUCUAGUUCCACUGUAUUAUKACUGUAUUGUAAUAGAUGUAAUAGAGUGGAUAAAUUUGGAGCUUCAGUAACAUAGGCAACAUUGAUC